AUGUUCAUAAUUCCAAUCGCCACACUGGUGCUCAUCGCCCCGACUCACGCGCUGAUACGUUUCGGCUGUUCUCAGCUUGUUGUGGACCGCCUUGAUCCUCUCGUCGAGCCAGGGAAUGCGCCAUCAGCUCACUUGCAUCAGAUCAUCGGUGGGAACUCGUUCGUACCUGACAUGCGCCCCGGGGUGUUGGACCCUGCGAAGACAUCCACGUGUACGACGUGUCAACCUGCCGACGACUUCUCCAACUACUGGACGGCACCUAUCUACUUCAAGGCUCGAAAUGGCACGUACAAGAGGGUUCCACAGAAGGGCAAUUCUGGUUUCGAAGGGCAGAAUGGAGGCAUGACUGUCUAUUACAUGCAGAAUCAGUUAGCCGACUUUCAGCAGGCAUCCAAGGUCACGGCCUUCAAGCCGUCCUACCCUGCAAGCGGCACCUUCGAAUCCCAAGGCCCCUGCCCUGCCUCACACCCAGUACGCAUGCCACAGGUCAUGUUCGAAGUCAUCUACGAGACCAAAGACUUCAACGACCCCGCGCUCUGGCCCGAAGACGGGGGUCAACCCUUUGCCUACUCCUUCGGCGACCAGACCGGUUACGCGAACCACGGCGAUUACCUGUUUGGCUGGAAGGACGAUUCGCUGCAGAAGAUCAUGGACGAGGAGUGCUUCGUGAACUGCAAGUCGAUGAAGACGCAGAGCAUACAGCAGAUGAACGCGUGCUCGACGACGAGAAAAGUGGUUGAGGAUAUUGGCGACGCGAAUUGGCUGACUUCGCUGCCUGGCCAACACCAUGUAGAGUAA